CGAAAGUGAAAGCCCAGGAAAAUAAGCGACGCCAUUUCAAGUCGAAAAACCAACAUUGGGUUUUUAACGAUAGCACGUUUUUUGACAGAAAGAGGAAUCUGGUGCCAAAAUGAGUCUCUGUGAAGAAAAAGAAGAGGAAGACACUGCCUCCAAAAUGAGUUUUUCUGAAUCAAGCUGCAAUCAACCUAUAAAGAAUCUGCCCUCUAUCUUCAGUGAUGCAGUAGAGACCUCUGACCCCAGCAGGGAGGAAAUACAAGAGCUGAUCAGAUCUGUGCCGUCCUCUAGCUCCCAUUAUCAGAGUUACAUCAGACAGGAAAAAACUGAAUCAGUCCUGGAGAAACAAACACUGGAGACUAGAGACCUGAAGAGAGUCAAAGAUCAGCACAAAACCAGCAUGAAGAACAAUUACAGCAGACUAUUUGAGGGAAUCAAACUCCAAGAGAACCAAACUCUCCUGAACAGCAUCUACACACAGCUCCACAUCAUAGAGGAGGAGAGUAUAGGAGUGAAUGAAGAACAUGAGGUUUUACAGAUGGAGAAAACUGCCAGAACAAAACACUCACAGGACACUCCAAUCUACUGCAAUGACAUCUUUAAAUCCUCACCUGAACCAGGAUGUGAGGAGAAAGACCAAAUCAAGACUGUUCUUACUAAAGGCAUCGCUGGAAUCGGAAAAACCGUCUCUGUGCAGAAAUUCAUUCUGGACUGGGCCGAGGGAAAAGACAAUCAGGAUGUAGAUUUCAUGUUUGUGCUUCCAUUUCGAGAGCUGAACUUGAUCCGAGAUCAUCAGUACAGUCUUCACAGACUUCUGCUGGACUUUCAUCCUGAACUUCAAGAUCUGGACUCAAAGAUUUAUGAGGAGUGUAAAGUUGUGUUCAUCUUUGAUGGUCUGGAUGAAAGCAGAAUCACACUGAUGUUUUCAGAUGAUCAGAAAGUUUGUGAUGUGACUGAGACUUCAUCAGUGAGUGUGUUGAUGUCAAACCUCAUGAAAGGAGAGCUGCUUCCCUCUGCUCUCAUCUGGAUCACCUCCAGACCAGCAGCAGCCAAUCAGAUCCCCUCCAAAUACAUUAACCGUCUGACAAAAAUUCAGGGAUUCAAUGACAAUCAGAAGGAGGAAUAUUUCAGGAAGAGAAUCAGUGACCAGCAUCAAGCCAGCAGGAUCAUCUCACACAUCAGAAGAGCAAGAAGCCUCCACAUCAUGUGCCACAUCCCUGUCUUCUGCUGGAUCUCAUCCACUGUGCUUCAAAAGCUCCUGAAAGAAGAUCUGAGUGCAGAAAUUCCUCAAACUCUGACUGAAAUGUACAUCCACUUCCUGCUGAUUCAGAUCAACAUGAGGAAUCAGAAGUAUGAAGAGAGAGAUCCAGAGAAACUCCUGCAGUCCAACAGAGAAGUGACUGUGAAACUUGCUGAAGUGGCUUUCAAACAGCUGAUGAAAGGCAAUAUUAUGUUCUAUAAGAAGGACCUGAUUGAGAGCGGCAUAGAUGUCACUGACGCCUCAGUGUAUUCUGGGAUUUGCACUGAGAUCUUUAAGGAGGAAUCUGUGAUUCAUCAGAGGAAAGUCUAUAGCUUCAUUCAUUUGAGCGUUCAGGAGUUUCUCGCUGCCUUCUAUGUGUUUUACUACUACAAUAGACAAACAUCUGUCACAUCCAGGUUUUUUGAUUUAAUUUAUAGUUUAUUGGAAAGUGCAGUAGAUCAAGUCCUUGAGAGUAACAAUGGGCACCUGGAUCUAUUCCUGAGGUUCCUGCUGGGCAUCUCACUGGAGUCCAAUCAGAGACUCUUACAGGAUCUACUGACACACACAGAGAACAGCUCAGAGAGCAUCAGGAGAACCACACAGUACAUUAAAGACAAGAUCAAAGAUGGACAUGGACUCUCCACUGAAAGAUCCAUCAAUCUGUUCCUCUGUCUGCUGGAAGUGAAAGAUCAGUCUCUGUCCAGAGAGAUUCAGGAGUUUGUGAAAUCACACAAACACUCACAGAAGAAACUCUCUCCUGCUCAUUGCUCAACAAUCGCCUACAUGCUUCAGAUGUCAGAGGAAGUUCUAGAUGAACUGGACCUCAAGAAAUACAACACAUCAGAUGAGGGGAGAAGAAGACUGAUACCAGCUGUGGUCAACUGCAGAAAAGCUCUUUUUGCUGACUGUAAUCUCACUGGUGAACAUUAUGAAAUUGUAUCAUCAGCUCUACAAUCCUCAAACUCUGUCUUAAGAGAGCUGGAUCUGACUAACAAUGACCUACAUGAUUCAGGAGUGAAGCUGCUCUGCGAUGGACUGAAGAAUUCAAACUGUCAGCUGGAGAUACUGAGGUUGUCUGGCUGUAUGGUGACAGAGGAAGGCUGUGGUUAUUUGUCUUCAGCUCUGAGUUCAAACCCCUCACACCUGAGAGAGCUGGAUCUGAGCUACAAUCACCCAGGACAAUCAGGAGUCCAGCUGCUCAAACACAAACUGGACGAUCCAAACUAUAAACUGCAGAUACUGAAUAUGGACCAUGGAGGAGAGACCAGGAUUUCACCAGGUCUGCGGAAAUAUGCUUGUGAUCUCACACUGGAUGGAAACACAGCACAUGAUAAACUCUUCCUGUCUGAGGAGAACAGGAAGGUGACACGAGUGGAAGAUCAUCAGGCGUAUCCUGAUCAUCCAGACAGAUUUGACGGCUUUGAGCAGGUUCUGUGUAAAGAGAGUCUGACUGGACGCUGUUAUUGGGAGGCUGAAUGGAGUGGAAGGGGAGCUGAUAUUUCAGUAGCUUAUAAAGGAAUCAGGAGGAAAGGGCUGAGUGAAGACUGUUGGUUUGGAUACAGUGAAAUGUCCUGGAAUCUGUAUUGCUCUAGCAGAAGUUAUUCAGCUUGUCACAAUCUAAAGCAAACAGAUAUACCUUCUCCUUCAUCGUCUAAUAGAGUAGGAGUGUAUCUGGACUGGUCGGCUGGCACUCUGUCCUUCUUCAGUGUCUCUGACACACACACACUCACACACUUACACACAUUCAACACCACAUUCACUGAACCCCUCUAUGCUGGAUUUAAGGUUUAUCCAGACUCCCCUGUGUUGUUGCAGGUGAACAGCAAAUCCCUAUAGACAUACAUAAACACAGUUCUCCUCUGGCCAGGCAAAACCAGGGCCAGCACUGGCCAAUUUGUCACGCCCCUUGCCUCACAGAAUAAUCAUUUUCUUCAAACAUUCACACAGAAACUGCAUAGCUAGAUAUUUCAAAAGUGCAUCUAAAGAGAGAAAAGUAGGAGUAUAAGUGACUAUUGGGUGUUACGUUACAUUAAAAAAAAAAAAAAAACUAGACCAACAUAAAAUUUGUUCACUAACUUCUACCUCAUCUAGUUUAUUUAUAUGAUUAUUAUUUAUUACAUCACAUUAUCUCUGUCUUUGUCUGGAUUUUCUUUUUUUUUUCCUUCUUCCCUGGGCACCAGAGGGCUUCUGUCUUUUUGACAUAGUGAUAAUUUAUUAGUGAACAUUUUUUACAAUCAGGUAACUGAUGUAUAUGGAACUGUGGCUGUGCAGGGGAAGACAUCAUGCUUUUGUUCUUCUGUAAUUUUCUCCCAUCUGCAUAUAUUAUCAUGGAGCUCAACUAGAGUGACCAUCAAGUUCUUGGUCACCACUCAACCACACAACCAAAGCCCUUCUCCAUCAGUUGAUUAGUUUGGCCAGGAGGCCAGCUCUAGAAAGAGUCCUGGUUGUUUUAAACUUCUUCAAUUAAGGAUAACAGAGACUACAUGCUUCUGUGAACCUUCCAUACUGCAGAAAGUUUUCAAUUCCUUGGACUUUAUGGCUUUGUUUUGUGCUCUGACAUGUACUGUUAACUGUGGGACCUUAUAUAGACAGGUGUGUGCCUUUGCGAAUCAUGUCCAAUCAACUGAACCAAAUCAAACUACCACAGAUGGACUCCAGUCAAUUUGUAGAAACAUCUCAAGGAUGAUCAGUGAAUAUAGGAUGCACCUGACCUCAAUUUUGAGUGUUACGGCAAAGGCUGUAGAUUGUCUUUGUACAUGCGAUUUUUUUUUUCUUUUUUCUUUUUUCCAUUUGUAAUAAUUUUGUGCAGAUUUAAAAAACAUAAAAAAUAAAAAAAAUAAAAUUAUAUAUAUAUAUAUAUAUAUUGUUUGUAGAAUUUUGAGGAAAACAAUGAAUUGAAUUAAUUUUGGAAUAAGGCUGUGACAUAAUAAAAUGUGGCAAAAAUGAAGUGCUUUCCAGAUGCACUAUAUGUAAAUCCCACUGACAUCUAAGGAUUCAUCAGUAGUAUUGUAGUAGGGAACAUGACCCAGUUUUAUAGGGUAUAUCAACACUCCUGACUAUAAGUGCAGAUCUGAAAUCAUCCAGCUGUGCACAAUUUUUAAGAUCUUUUUGGUUUCUACAUUUCUCAUCUGAAAGAGCGCUGCAUUCAUAAUUUGUGUGUGUGUGUGUCCAUUCUCUGAUUCAUAUGCACAUAGAAAAGAUUGUAGGAUCAAAUAUAAGAUGAUUUCUACACACUUCAUAAAUACAUUGCAAUCACAAAUGAAAGCCCAAUUAAUUUAAUAAAAAUGUAAUUAAAACUUCCAUA